GUCCCGACAGUCCACGCUGUAGCCUCUCUGUAUAAGCCUCCGCAGCCGCCUCCUGCAGCCGGACCGAGCUGCCGCGGCCACGCUGGACAUCGUGUCUCCGUAACACUCAGUGAAGUCCAUGCUCCGCUGUGUCACUGUUUAACGACCAAAGCUCAGCAAGACUUAACAGACAAAACACAACUUCAGAAGUACUGUGAAUGACUUCAUACAGCAUCACAUCUGCAGUUUCACGGAUCCAGAUGUUUUUAACUGAAAUUAAAAAGCUUAUUGCCUCAAAGGCUAUACAGCAAGUGGCAGCAUUAUGGUGGACAUCGCUGUGAAAAGUGACGCUGCUUGGGUGUGUCAUGCUCAGGGCCGCCACCUGACUGACAUUGUGCUUCCUGUCCACAUCAAUAACACGGUCAAAGAGGAAGAUGAAGUCAGUGAGCUGGACAGAGAAGAAACUCACUGUGGUGAUCCAGUGCUGCUAGAGCAGAUGGAGGAAGGGUCUCCUUGUGUCCUGAAGCUUCACUGCAACCCCAGCUUGCCUGCUGCCAUCAGCCGCCUGCUUGUUAUAAGUGAGGCUCGAACCAUGGAGGCAUACAGCUCGACUGGAGAAUACUGUGGGACAGUACGGGGGUUGAGGGAUGACCGCAUCCAGCUAGACAGUGCUGACAGAGGGCCUUUCUAUAAGAAACAGCUGAUCCUUGAGCAGCCAUCCUCUGCCUGUGAAGUGAAGUUGCUCUCCCUGGCAGGUAGAAGCAGUGUUAUGGUGGCCAAAGUAAUCGUGGGUCUUCAGUCACUGCAGUCCUGCCCAGCCCAAAACUCUGGCAUAGACAUGCAGCGGGUGCAGUGUCUGGUGGAGGAGAUGGGAACAAGCCUGUCACCAGGAGCCCAGAACCUCAUGGAAAUGGUGCAGUUCCAGCAAAAGAAUCAGACCGGCUCUCUGGCUGGUUUCCUGCCUCUCCUGAUGGGCAGUGGAGCAUUCUCUGCCUUGGGGAGAGGAGUCAGCAUGUCUCCAGCAGCCGGCAGCAUUCAGCCCCAAACUGCAGACUUUAAGCCUCCAGAUAGCUUCAUGAGGCCUUCAGACGAAGAUGAACAAACCCAGAACAGCAUGAUGUCAGAGGGCUCCACCCCCUCCUCUGCAGACCUGCCACUGUCCAGUGUCAGCACUGAUAACACAACGAGUCCCAGUGAGAACGGGGGCCCAAUGAGCCACACUCAGCUGACAGAGAUGCUGUCACACUUCCUGAAGGGCCAAGAAUUCAACCAGGGGUUCAGCUCUGGCCCCAAGUUUCUGCCUAUGCUCCAGAGUGUCUGCGGUCAGGUGACCCAGCUGAGACUGGACGAUGCUGCUGCAGCAGAGAAGGAGAAGAUGAUGAGAAAUGGCACCUGGGAGUUGGAUUCAGCCAUGGAGCGCCGGCUGGAGGAGAUGGAAAAAAGGCUGAAGGAGCACAUGGACCGCCGCUUGGACGCUCUGGAGCAGAAGCUUGAGAAGGCCCUGCUGAGUGCUUUGCCACUGGUCGCCCUUAACCACGGAGCUAUAAGCAACACGGGGGGAGGAGCAGCAGAUACCGGACCGGUGGAGCAAAUUGCCCCAACACCAGCUAUGAAUUGAGUCCAAAAGCACUAAAACACUAACAUUUAACCAGGAGGCCUUAAUUCUCUUCUUCGUUGACCUCAAACCAGACCUGAGUGUCAGAUGGAAGCAGGCCGGGACAGAGACACAGAGACAGAGCAAUAAAACAAAAAGGCUGAAAUGGGAAGUUAAAAAGAACCAGAAGUAUUGCUGUAAGAUGGUAAACCAUCACCAACAAUGAGUUCGGUUUCUGUAGAUAUUUUCCUGUAUAAAAAAAAAAAGAAAAGUAAGUAAAUGUCUCAUCAGGUUGUGA